AUGGCGGCAUUCGGCGGGCAGACGCCUACGAUCAUCGUGCUGAAAGAAGGCACCGACCAGUCUCAAGGCAAAGGCCAAGUCCUAUCCAACAUCAACGCGUGCCUAGCAGUCCAAGACACGAUCAAGGCGACGCUGGGCCCGUACGGCGGUGACCUGCUCCUCGUCGACGCGGGAGGCAGACAGACCAUCACCAACGAUGGCGCCACGGUCAUGAAACUCCUCGAUAUUGUCCACCCGGCGGCGCGGAUCUUGGUCGACAUUGCGCGGUCGCAGGAUGCCGAGGUCGGCGACGGAACCACGUCGGUGGUAGUCAUUGCCGGAGAGAUCCUCAAGGAAGUCAAAGAGCUAGUCGAGCAGGGUGUCAGUACACAGACAAUCAUUAAGGGUUUGAGGAGGGCGUCGGAGAUGGCGAUCAAUAAAGUCAAGGAGAUUGCUGUGUCGACUCAGGAAGGCAAUAAGAGCGAGACGCUGCGCAAGUUGGCCGCCACGGCCAUGAGCAGUAAACUCAUCCAUCGCAAUGCUGAUUUCUUUACCAAGAUGGUCGUCGAUGCAGUCCUGUCGCUAGACCAAGCUGACCUCAACGAGAAAUUGAUCGGUAUCAAGAAAAUCACCGGCGGAGCACUGGAAGAUUCCCUCUUCGUCGACGGCGUGGCAUUCAAGAAGACCUUUUCGUACGCCGGGUUUGAACAACAACCGAAAUCGUUCAAGGACCCCAAGAUUGUGUGUUUGAACGUCGAGCUCGAGCUCAAGGCCGAAAAGGACAACGCCGAGGUCCGCGUCGAGCAGGUGUCGGAAUAUCAAGCCAUCGUGGACGCCGAGUGGCAGAUCAUCUACGACAAGAUGGAGGCGUUGUACAAGACAGGAGCCAAAGUCGUUCUCAGUCGACUCCCGAUCGGUGAUCUCGCCACGCAGUACUUCGCCGACCGUGACAUCUUCUGCGCCGGGCGAGUUGCCGCCGAAGACCUCGAGCGUGUGUGCCAGGCCACCGGGGCCACGGUCCAGAGCACAUGCACAGACAUCCAGCCAUCGCAUCUCGGCACGUGCGGACUGUUCGAGGAGCGUCAGAUCGGCGGCGAGCGGUACAACCUGUUCAGCGACUGUCCGCAGGCCAAGACGUGCACGCUGGUCCUCCGAGGCGGCGCCGAGCAGUUCAUCGCCGAGGUCGAGCGCAGUCUGCACGACGCCAUCAUGAUCGUGAAACGCGCUCUGCGCAACAACACCAUCGUGGCCGGCGGCGGCGCCACCGAGAUGGAAGUCUCGGGAUACUUACACCGCUACGCCGACAAGAACGUGCCGCACAAGCAGCAGGCCGUCGUCAAGGCGUUUGCCAAAGCCCUGGAGAUCAUUCCCCGCCAACUGUGCGACAACGCUGGCUUCGAUGCCACCGACAUCCUGAACCGGCUGCGCGUCGAGCAUCGCAAAGGUCAGGUGUGGGCCGGCGUCGACUUCGACCAUGAAGGCGUGCGGAACAACAUGGACGCUUUCGUCUGGGAACCUGCCCUGGUCAAAGUCAAUGCCAUUGCCGCCGCCGUCGAAGCCGCCUGCUUGAUCCUCUCCGUCGACGAGACCAUCAAGAACGAAGAGAGCCAGGCCCCGCAGGCCCCGCAGAGAGGAUUGCCGCCUGGUGCGGCCCAGAGAGCUCUGAGAGGGAGAGGAAGAGGUAUGCCUAGACGGUAG